ACACAUCCAAAUAGGAUUUCACUUAGCCAAGGCUUAUUAAGUAGCUUUUCUUUCCUUAAUUUUAGGUUUAACUUUAUUCGAAUAAAUUAAUUGACUGCUUCUGGCCGGACGGUAAAUACAGAGAGCACGACGAAACGACGAUGUCGCUUCCUCCAGAAAUAAUCGUUGAUAUUUUCUUGAAGCUUCCAGUAAAGCCUCUGCUACGUUUUAGAUGCCUUUCAAAAUCAAUGUGCAGUACAAUAGAUGAUUCAGAUUUCAUCAAGGCUCAUCUCAAUAGGUCAAUUGAAACUAACACCCACAAGAAGCUGAUUCUUUUUGGCCAUACAAAAACUUCCACAGUGAUAUCAGGGAUUUACGCGGUGGAUUUGUCCGACGGACUCAAAGAAUCAGUUAAGCUCGACAACUCACUCAAUCAUGGACGGUUCAGCGUCAUAGAUUGCUGCAGCGGUUUGUUUCUCUUACUUGAACCCAGAAUAAUCAACUCAUUGAACACAGUGAAACUUGUGCUCUGGAAUCCGUUUACUAAACGGUACAAAAGAUUAACAGAUCCCCCAGUUGAAUCUUCUAGUAUGUUUAAGCCACUUCAACAGUACAGUUACAGAUACUUCGAUAGUUUCGGGCUGGGGUAUGAUGCUGCCAGGAAUGACCAUAAGGUUGUGAGGAUUCUUUAUGAAAAACCGAAAGAAGUUUGGAUUUAUAGUUUGAGAUCUGAUUCUUGGAGAAAAGUUGAAGAUUGGUGUCAGAUUGCGUUAGGUGUAAUGGGUAUGUUUGUUAAUGGUGUUAUGUAUUUUGAAGGUGAAAAUCUUGAAAACAUUGUUUCUUUUGAUUUUGCAACAGAGAAGUUUUCCAUAAUGCCAUUCCCUGAAGGUUACGAAAAAAGUUGUAGUCAUUUACGUGUUUUAGAAGGGCGACUCUGUUUGUGUACGCUUGGACGCCAUAGAACACUUGACAUCUAUGUUGGUGAUAAGCAUGAAGAUGGGCUAACUUGGAGCAAAUUGAUUAAGAUUCCAGAUUAUCAGACUCAUACUGAUCAUAUUCGAAAUUUGAGACCUUUGUGCUAUUCCAGGGAAGGAGAUAAGAUUUUGCUUAUUGAGGAAAGAGAUGAUUUUGUUUGGUAUGACCUCAACAAGAAAACAACUGAAAGCAUCCAAACAGUAUGUGAUAUCAAAAAACACUAUCGUUUGAAAUUUUUCAAUCUAUCAAACAACACUACUUGUUGGGAGAGUCUUGUUUCCCUUGGGUGAUGAUAAUAUUGACCAGAGCUCCAUUAGUUCCUGCAGAUUGGCUUGGAAUUUUCUGAUUUUUGGGUUUAUGUUUCAGUCUCUGCUGCUCCUCUUUUUUGGGUUGUUAUGGUUAGAUUAGGCAGUCUGUUUUCUGUAAUCUCAUUCUUCUGUUCUUUUCUGCAUUUUUUGUUCUAUGUAUAGCCUUGGUUCUUACCGGAAAAAACAUACAUAUUGGUGAGUUCAAAGGAGGUCAUUAUAGGCACCUUGAACCACCCUUAUAUUUAUAUAUACAAAACUAUGAUAAUGAAAU